AUAUAAAUCCGAGAUGAAUCAAUAUGAAGGAAUAUCCUGAAUCACACUUUUUAUGUACUUGAAAGUAACAUUACAUAGAAACAUCAACCCGAAAAAUUCACAUUAAUGUCAUUAUUCAUCAUAUACACUUAGUCAAUUGCCCAAUACAAUAGAAAUUCUAUACUAUUAUUAUUUUUCAAUAAAUUGAUUUAAUGAUAUUGACAAAUCAAACAGGAACACUUCCAUUAUGAGUUAUUGCCGAUUGUAGGAUGAAAAAGGAAACAGAAACCAUAUCAUGAAUUAUAAUUGAAUUUCCAUCAUCAGCAAAACGGUUUACUCUAUAAUUAUUAUUCAGUCAUACAAAUGCCAAUCAAAUCAAAAAAUCUGAGUGAAAAAGCAGAUGAUGGAUAUAGUUUAUUGUCUUAUUUCAAAGUUUUGCCUGGAUAUUCAGACAAUCGACGAUUAAAAGCAACAUGGGAUUGGAGUUCUAUGGAAGUUGCACAAAAUCUACUUCAGCAGGCCAAAAUCCUAUAUUAUAAUGAUCUGGAUGUUGAUCUAAUCGGUCAAGAAAUAAUACAAGACUAUCAAAUUAAAGAAUUUGAUUUAACUAAUCUUCAUCCUGAUACAAAGUACUUAAUAUGUUUUCGUGUUACUCGUAAAAGAUUUGUUAGUUCUUCAAUAUCAUCGUCAUCAUCAUCAUCAUCAUCACCAUCAUUGUAUAUUCAAAGUAAUGGAACAAUAGCGACAUUAACACCAACAUUUAAAUCAUCUAUUCAUCAUCAGAACAAAACUAAUAUCAUAAAUAAUAUGUCUGAUAAUUUACAUUAUAAACAGAAAAUCAAUAAUCCAAUGAUAUCUUAUCAAAAUAUCUCAUUUCUAAGUCGAUCUCAUCGACAACAAUCAUCAAUUAAUAUUCCAAAACUCGAUAAUGAAUAUGUUGCUGAAAUGAAAUGUCAAGUAACAUUCACUCGAUUUUUACAUUGGACAGCAGUUUUAUGUAGUUUAAUAGGGAUUGUUAUAGCAUUACUUCUAUCUAUUAUGAUAUUUUCUAUUUUGAAAUCACGUGCCUAUAAAAUAAAACAGUCUGAAAGAAAAAUGUAUUUCAAUCAAAAAGGUGAAUUAUUAUUAAUUGGACAUAAAAAAGUCGGUGAUAUUCAUGAUGAUGAUAAUGAUGAUGAUGAUGAAGAAAAUAAUUUAUUAAACUCUAAUAAAGUACCUCAUUUCUGUCAUUAUUCACACCCUCAUUAUCAACAUCACCAUCAUCAUCAUCAUCACCAUCAUCAUUACUAUCAACAACAUCAUCAUCAUCCACAUCCACAUUCACAUCAUCAGCAUCAUCAUCAUCAUCAUUUACCACAUGAACAUGUUCAAAAUCAACAUAUUCAUUAUCAUUGUCGUUCUAAUUCAUCAAAGAAAACAUCCAUUCGAAAACAGGAACCUUGUAAUUAUAAUAAAAUGAUAUCAUCUUCACCAUUAUCAUUAUCCACUUGUUAUAAAUCAUCAUCAUCAUCAACAUCAGAUAAGUUAGGAAAAAUGAAAGAUAAGAAUAUCAAAUUGAAUAUUCCUUCUGAAGUUAAAGAGGAUAAUGAAAUGAAUAUAUCUAAACAACAAUUAGAAGAUUGGGAGAAUACACUGAAAAAUAUUGAAACUGAUAAUACAAUAAUAAUUGAAAAACAUAACAUGCUAAAUUCUAUCACAAAACCUGUUACUUAUAGUAAUAAUACUGACAUUACAAAUGAUAUUAAUCAUAGUAAUAACAACAAUAAUGAAUCAACUAUGAAUAAUAUAAAAAUUCAAAAGACCUCAGAAACUAUUCUUCCUAACCCAAUCAUGGAAAGUAAAAGGACUGUUUCAUUUAAAGAUGACACUACUACUACUACAAGUAGUACAACAAAUACAACAACAAUAAUAACUACUACUAAUAAUAUCGCUAAUACACCUACACUUAAUAAUAACAUUGACUCUAAUAAUAAUAGUAAUAAUAUAAAUGAUGGGAUUCGCCAGAAUAGUAUACUAGAAAGCAAUAAUUCAAUCCAGUUAACUUCAUUGGAUUCACAUAAUGAUGAAUUAAAUAAUAAUGAUUUUAUUAAACCUAUCAGUAUAUCAUUGACAGAAUCCAGUCUUAUUCAUUUCAGACAUCAUAUACCAGAAUAUACUCAAAUGGAUAGUAGUAAUAAUAAUCGAUUACAGAGUAACAAUCCCAGUUCUUAUUUCGAAAUAAAAAGUCCUUUACUUAAAGAAUUUGAACAAAAGUCAUAUACUUCUAUGCAUCCUGUUGAUAAUGAAAAUGAAAACAACAAUAAUACUACAGACGACAAUCCCCAAAUCAAUGAUAAUAGAAUGAUACAAAUUGUAACAAAUAAACUAAAUACAAAUGAAGUAACAGUUCAAUUACCAAUAACACCAAAUAAUUCGCCCAUUAAUACUAUUGAAAAAAACUCAACUGUAUCCAUACCCGGCAUAUCAACAAGUGAUAAUGAUGGAAAACAUUUCAUUUCAAAUAAUGAAAACUGGUUUAUAACACCAUCGGGAUCAACAUCGAAUGUAUUAGUAGAUAAAAACGAACAAAAGUCUAUUUUUUGUACACAAAUAAUUGAAACCCUGUGAUAGUAAUAUGUAUAUAUAUAUAUAUAUAUAUAUCAAAAGACCUGUGUAAUCACUACAUUCAUAGAGAAAAAGCAAUACUUAUUGUCAUUCGAUUGUUGAUUCUAUUUCCUUCAGUAAUUUCCUCUUUAGAAUUUUGUCACUUCUACUCAGAAAAAAAAAUACAACGACAAUUCCAAUGUUAUACAGCUUAUGAAUAAAGUUGCCUAUUAACUAACUCAAGGUAACUAGUUCAUACGGUUCUCCCCAAUAAUAUAGAAGCAACAAUAUUUGUAGUAGGAUAAUAUGAAUUCAUGUAUUUCCUGAUGAUUCUAGAUGAUUAAAAUCUAAAAACAAGGCUACUAAUCGUCAAGGAAACAACACAGAUACACAUACUCUAAGUCUGAAUGGUGUUGAAUAAAGUUGGAUUUGAUACUUAAUUUAGUGAAUAAUCAAUGAUUGCUGAAGAAACAUUCAAACAUUAAUUUAUUUGUAAAUUAAACAUGUAAAUAUUCCAUAAAAUCGAGAAGAGUAUGGAAGCAGAAUUUCUAGAAAUGAAAGAUUUAACUGAUCUAUUUGGGUAUCCAGUACUUAUGUAGUUGUAAUAUACCUGAAUGGUGUCCAGUUCUCCUGAAAACCAAUGUAAAACUUCUUUUUGGGGGAAUAUAUUUAAUAUUGUGGAUAAGAAGUGAUAACAUUACUGUUUCCCCCUUAGGACUUCUAUGCUAUUCACAGUUUUUUCCUCUUAGAAUAUUUACAUAUUUAGCUUACAAAUAAAUUAAUGUUUGAAUGUUUCUUCAGCAAUCAUUGAUUAUUCACUAAAUUAAGUAUCAAAUCCAACUUUAUUCAACACCAUUCAGACGUAGAGUAUGUGUAUCUGUGUUGUUUCCUUGACGAUUAGUAGCCUUGUUUUUAGAUUGUAAUCAUCUAGAAUCAUCAGGAAAUACAUGAAUUCAUAUUAAUCUACCAUAAAUAUUAUUCCUUCUGUAUUGAAACAAUGGGAAGUAAAUUGAAUGUAUUCAUAAUACGGAUCUACUUUCCCUUAUUAUAAAAUAUUUAUGAUAAAAAGUGUAUAUAUAUUUCUAUUUUAUCAGAAAAUUGACGUCAUUUAGAUGUUGGUAAUUUCAGUUUUGUCUUCUGAAGGUUGUGUUAUG